AAACAAUCUUGAAGAUUUUUAUGUAAAAAUGCCUUUGCUUGACCUUAUGCAGAAAGCUGAUAAGUGAAAGUUACUAAAUAUGGUAAAAUAGAGCAAGGAAGUCAGUGUAUUAUAAGUUUUAUUGAAAUACGAUUCAGUAUUCCCCUUGUGGGUUUUGAAAUCUAUUUAAAGUACUGACCUAUGUUUCUAUUAAAAUGCCUUCUGUAUCUGUAAAUUAUCUAAUUGUGGUGGUUUUUGCUGUGAUUCUUGUUGACGUGUUUUGUACCGAAUCAAACGCUUCCACCCGCCGAACAAAUGCUUGGCAAACCCCUGACCAAAAAACCUUAAACGUCUUACCGAGCGGACAAAGCACAACCACCUCCACCACCCCAUGGCCCGCAUUAGGCCAAAGAUACACAGUUCGACCAAACCGUAAUCGUCAAACCACCUCCGCACCAAACCGUAACCAGCAAACAACCGCUUCAAAUAGAAAAUGGAUUCAGCAGAACAAUAUUUGGAUCAGAAACGAGCAAGCGAGCGCCCAGGGAGACGUCAAAUCAACCACUACAACUUCGUCCAGACCGCCGCUGAGAAGGGGCGAGACUUAUACGGUGAUUGAUCCAAAAGCGCCCCAACAAACAAAUAAACAACAGCAAAGUUUACUGGACGGUUUGCAUAACAGUCAGCUGGAUGUGGGACCGAUUACCCCAAAAACACCCGCUAACAAACCAACUACUGUCUCCUAUGCGGGGGUUGUAGGUCCAGCUUCUACCACACAAAAAACGAAAAUUUCUUCCACAUGGCCCUUAGGAGAUGGAGAGAAGAACCCAGAGAGCAACGAUGAUAAAGCCACUGGAAAUUCUGACGUUACUGAUGAUGAAUUGAGAGAGUUUGCCGAGACGUUGCUUAGGAAGGAUACAAAUAAUGCUAUGAAGUACGUGACUGUUAACUGGCAGGGAAAGACUAGCUCUAGGUUGGAAGGAGAUGAGGCACCUCUACCGUUGCUUAAAAUUGAUGAUGCUGCCUUUAAAAUACCCUCCAUAGAAAAGAUUAUGUUACUUUAUAAUAAUUAUUUUCUUGAUGCUGGUCAAAAUGAGGUUUAUACUGGUCAAGAGAGGAUUGAAGAAAAUAACUUUUUGGAUGCAGUUUUAUCCACACCAGUUAUGCAGUUUACUCGGAGCUUUUUGGUUCAAAAAGGUAAAAUAGGUAAAGACCCUAAAGAGUUCCGAGACCUCUUGAGGCAAAUAUGGUUCAAUAUGUACUCAAGAGGUGGCGGCAAGAUCGGCUCGAGCGGCUUCGAACACGUCUUCGUAGCAGAGAUAAAAGAAAACCAAGUUUCUGGCCUGCACAAUUGGAUCUAUUUCUACGAUGCCGAGGCUCAAAAUAAGGCUAAUUAUUUAGGUUAUCUAAAGAAGAUCGAUUUGGGUGAUAAGGGAGCCAUUUUAAAACACCAUUCUACUUUCCAUGACAUCAGUAAGCCUGUUAAUUCAAUGUUUAUUGGUACCAGUCCCGAGUUGGAGCUGGCCCUGUAUUCCACUUGUUUUAUCCUAAGGGCGGACAGGAUUUGUCCAUUAAAAAUGAACGGCAAUAGAUUUAUUAUUAGGACUUAUACUUUUAGGUAUAGAGGGAAGAACAUGAUAGGAAGCGCUUUUCCCGAGAUUUGAACUGAAAGACACUGGUUGUAAAAAAAUAAUCUAUUUUACAAAUGCAAUCACUUUUUAGUGAUUAAUUAUAAUACUUUUUUUUAAUAGUAUAGUGUAGAUGUAAGUUUGUUCUAAAAUGUUUUAUUCAUUUUUGUUUGUGAUGUUAACAGUUUGUUCUUAGUCCUAAGUAUUGAGUCUUUCUGGAUCCUCCAACCUAAAAAAAAUAAAGAUUUAUAUUACGAA